AUCCUGACAGGUUUUGGAUGCCUCUUCGUGAAGAAAUCCAUUGUACAGAUUCUUAAAUUUGUCGCUUGUGGAGGAAUUGUGUCCAUUACGCUCCUUAGAAAUACACUUCCUCUUCUGGCUGGGCCUAAGGUGAAAUUCAACCACGGGACGGCCUUAGCAUUUAAUAAUUACGACUGGAAAGAGGAAAAAGUCGAGCCAGUUCUUCAGAACAUGGAAGAAGCGAACACCAAGAAAGCCAAACCCUCACCUUUUCCGGACUCUCUCCGGCAAUGGAGCCAAUGGCAGCUGCUCGACUCCAUUCUCCCCACUGGCGGCUUCGCCCAUUCGUACGGGCUCGAGGCCGCCACCCAAGCCCGUCUCGUCAAUUCUCCACAAGACCUCAAAACCUUCAUUAUCCACGUGCUCGAAAACACCGGCAGCCUCCUUCUCCCGUUCGUACACUCUGCAUCCCUUUCCCCCGACUCCCAAAACUGGCGAAAACUCGACCGACUUCUAGAAGCUAUGCUCACGAACGAGGCUAGCCGAAGGGCCUCCGUCUCUCAAGGGUCGGCCCUCAUGAGAGUCGCAUCCUCCGUUUUCUCCGAGAUCCCAAAUCUCAAGGCUAUGAGAGACGAGGCACUCAGGGGCGGGAGCGUCUUUUUCCACCACGCUCCGGUUUUUGGGCUCGUCUGCGGGCUGCUGGGGUUUGGGCCUGAAAUAGCCCAGCGGGCUUACGUGUUUGUGACUAUGAGGGAUUUGGUGUCAGCUGCCACGAGGCUGAAUCUGGUGGGCCCGUUGGGGGCGGCCGUGCUGCAGCACCAGGUGGCGGGGGAAGCUGAGGAGGUUUGCGUGAGGUGGAUGGGGCGUGGGGUGGAGGAGGCUUGCCAGGUGUCACCGUUGCUUGAUACUGUGCAAGGGUGUCAUGCUUAUUUGUUCUCCAGACUAUUCUGUUCUUGAACACUGUUGAGAUGUUGCGCACGGUCAGACUGUACUGGUUUUGCUCGUUGUGUGGUGGAUAUUUCUUGGUUUUCAGGUGGAGAGUUUUCUGAAGGUUCAGUUCUUUCUACUUAUUGGGUAGGUAAAGGUUGCUAGUAUUGUUUCCUAUCAGUGAAUCAUUUUACUGGAAUUGGAUAGGAUGGAAAUGAGAUGUAUAUAGCACAUUGCAAUUGAAUUUAUCAUGUAAUGAAUCAAUAACAUUGCUUUCAAAAAUAUAUCUUUG